AGUAAUUGUAUUUUGAUACUUAUAUUUUAUUGCUUUCAAAAUAUUUAGUAAAUUAUGUAACUAAAACACGUGUGUAGAAUAAUUUAUUUAAAUAUUUAGUUUGUAAAUUAUAAUUUUACUAAAACAUUGGAAAUUAAACUGUGAUUUACAUAAAUAUAAACGUCAAUGAAAAUAAACAAACAAUGGAUUCAAAAAAACUCUGCCCAUUUAAAGAAAAAUGUUACCGAAAAAACCCAAUUCACUUUGAAGAAAUGUCGCAUCCUCACCUGGAAAAGUUAUUGAACGGACAGCUGACAGGGGACAUAAAUUUGCCACCAGAUUUAGAAUUCGAUUGCCCAGACCGUUCGGAGCUCGUGGAUCAGCUAAAAGUACUCCAGCUGACACUUCGUAAAAAAAAACCCAGCGAAAACCCAUCAGCGGUUAUAGAAACUAAACAGGCAUUGAAAAGAGUUUCGGAGCCAUCGACCAGUUCCGCAACAAAGAAAUCUAAAGAAAGUUCAAGUCCCAAAAAAACUUCCUCCAAAGAAUCUCUCCCAGCUGGUAAAUCUAUUUUCGAUGCAUUCAAUUCCUGUACCGCAGACAAAGCGCGCAUUGAAGUCCGGAAUAACGCAAUAGAGCGAAUGCAAAAAGCAGGCCAGCAGGUUCCGCACCUCGAGCCUAUAGGACAGUUUGACCUCAAGUACGCACUCUCAGCACCUUAUCAUCUUUUUCUAGCAUGCGUCCAAAAGGUCCCAGAGACUUGGAGUCAACCCUACAGCGUUACCUUCCCAGAAAUUCUUGACAUCAGUCUCGGAACGAUCGAAGAAAGUCUUCAUUUCAACUUCAUGGUCGACGUGGGCUGGCUCUGCCUGCAGUAUCUCUUCGCUGGGCAAAAAGCCGACAGUCAAAUCUUCCUGGGAUCUCGGUGCGAUGAUAUUCCUCUGCCUUCAAAUAUAAAAACUAUUAAAAUAGAAACUCCCACAGCCUUCGGAACUCACCAUAGCAAAGUGUCUGUUCUGAAAUACACGAAUGGCGGUGCUAGAGUCGUAGUGUCAACAGCAAACUUGUACAGUGAUGACUGGGACAAUCGUACUCAAGCUGUCUGGAUCUCUCCGCACCUUCCCAAGCUAACGGAUGAGUCAAACUCAUCUGGAGAAGCUCCUACAGGUUUUAAACGCGACUUUAUUGACUAUUUACGCGAGUACAAAAAUCCAGCGCUAGACAAAUGGAUUUCUUUGCUCCAGACUUUGGAUUUUUCAUCAGUCAAUGUAUGUUUUGUAGCAUCAGUACCUGGAACUCAUCGCAACGCGGCACGUGGUCGAUGGGGGCUGCGUAAACUCGCGUCGAUUCUCUCUGAGCACGCGGAUCCACCAGCAGAAGCUGCUCAGUGGCCCAUAGUGGCCCAAGCUUCAAGUAUCGGAAGUCUAGGGCCCAAUUACGAUGCAUGGCUCACCCGCGAAUUUGUUCCCGCAAUGGCCAGUCUCAAAUCCCAGGGGCUCAGAUCCGCGCCAAAUUUCAAAUUCGUCUACCCGUCAAUUAAUAAUUUCAAAGAUUCUUUUGAUAUGCGUGUCGGCUGCUGUUGUCUUCCAUACUCUAAACGCGUUCACGACAAGCAGCCCUGGCUAAAUAAAUAUUUGUACCAGUGGAAAGCCGGUAACAAGUCACGUAAUCGUGCUAUUCCACAUUCAAAAACCUACAUUAGGUUAUCUCCAGAUUUAAAAAAAGUACCCUGGGCUGUUGUCACCAGUGGAAAUUUAAGCAAAGCUGCUUGGGGUUACGGACAAACUUCAACAACUAUUUUAAAUUAUGAAGUAGGUGUUGUUUUUCUGCCGAAAUUUUUGUUUAAAGCAAAAACGAUUCCUAUCAAAGAGCAAGACGAUCAAGGAAACCCGGUGUUUCCUCUGCCUUAUGACUUGCCUUUAACUCCUUAUGCUUCUGAUGACGAACCUUUUGUCAUGGAGUUCUUUAAUGUUUAAGUUUAAAGUUUUAUACAACGAAAUUUUUAUAUCAUUGCAUUUUUCUUCUACAUUUAAUAUUCAAAUAUUACUUAUUGAUCAAUAAAUAAUUUAUAAUUAUUUAUUACAACUGAGUUUGAUAAAUUUUUUUUUCAUACUUGUAUGUUUGCCCAAAAAACCUGAUGAAUAAUUUAUGAUGCCAAGAAAAAAAAUUAUUUGAUUAUUAUGGAUUUUUUCACUAGAUUUCAAAAAAAUCUGACAAUUGUAUUGUUUCCUCAUGGUGAAUUUUUUAAAAAAUUUUAUGUCUAGUCAUCACGAUAGCAGACAAU